AAAUUUCCCCUUACUUUCCUCCAUCUCAUCAAUUCCCAUUUCCUUUUUCUUUUCUAUACCCCUUCCCCCGCGGGCGCCCUUUCUAUAUCUAUCUAUUUCUAUCUAUACACACACACAAUACUCACAUCUUCUAUAUCUAUAUAUCCAUAUAAUAAAAUAAUUUCACAGAUCUCACAUUUCAUCCUCUAUUGGUCAACGCGCUUAAAAAACAAUGUCCAGAACGGCGUCGUAUUGGUGUCACCGAUGCACACGUGUCGUCAGGCUAAUUACCGGCCAUGCCGUUAUCUGUCCAUAUUGUGAAGGUGAAUUCAUCGAAGCGGUUGACUCUCACGCGCCUUCUUCACCACCGGAAUCUCACCGUUCAGAUCUGAGGUUACGCCGUCGUAACGACAGAUCUCCGUUUAAUCCGGUAAUCGUUCUUCGCGGCGGAGAAGACGAUAUCGCCGCCGGAGAUAGAGGUUUUGAGCUGUAUUACGACGACGGAUCUGGCUCCGGCUUACAACCGUUGCCGGAAACUAUGUCGGAGUUUCUGAUGGGAUCAGGUUUUGAUCGGUUACUCGAUCAGUUAUCUCAGAUAAACGGAUUUGGCCGGUCGGAAAAUCCGCCGGCGUCUAAAUCCGCCGUGGAAUCGAUGCCGGUGAUCGAAAUCACCGGCAAGGAAAUUGAGAGUGAGUUACACUGUGCGGUUUGUAAAGAAGAGUUUGUUAUAGGUACAGAAGGACGUGAAAUGCCUUGUAAACAUAUAUAUCAUUCUGAAUGUAUAAUUCCUUGGCUAAAUUUACGGAAUUCUUGUCCUGUUUGCCGUUACGAAUUAGAAACUGAUUUAACGGAUUCAACUAACAAUCUAGAACGUUCCGGAGAAGUUUCUGGACUGACUAUAUGGCGAUUACCUGGUGGCGGAUUCGCCGUUGGGCGGUUUUCGCAAGACGUAAGAGGCCGAGUUGUUGGAAAUGAGAGAGAGGUCCCUGUAGUAUAUACCGAAAUGGACGGAGGGUUUAGUAACGGAUUAGGGACGCCUAGAAGGGUAAUGUGGGAAGGAAGAAGGGAUAGAGGGAGAGGGGAAGGCGGAUUCGGGAGGGCGAUUCGGAAUGUGGUUUCGUUUUUUGGGAGAUUGAGGACGGGGUCGAGGACACGGACGAAUUCGGAUACGAAUGGGGUGUCGAUGAAUAGAAGUCGGAGUGUAUCGAGUUCGGUUUUUCGUAGGAUGACUAGUAGAAGAAGAGAUAGGACUUGGAUUUUUGAUGAACAACAUGGUUUGUCUAGAUGGUAGGAUUGAAUUCAAUUGUAUUUUUAAUGAUUAUUGUAAGUUAUAAUUAACCACAAGUUUUGUACAUAAGUUUUGAUUAAUUAUUUAUGUUCAACUAAA